UUCCGCGUCACCAACAGCGGGGAGAAUACUAGCAGGAGGCACACCUCUGUCCGCUCUAUAGAUCUGCCUAGCAAGGAGGACGCUCUGGCCCUGUUCAGGGACUAUCUUGAGAACUCGGACUUUCAUGUCGCCAACAUCCUGCACCCACCUACCGUUCAGGCCAUGGUAGUUGAUGUCUACACACAGCUACGACGGGGCCAGAAGGUCGAUCUGGGCGCCGCGGCUUUCGUGCUCAGCUUCUGCGCCGCCAGCGCCUACUUUUGGGACCUCGACUUUCCUGCUCAGUUCAACUUCUCCUCCGAAGACAGUGCUGCCGCCCAGUCCCACGCGUGGAAGUCAGCAGCCUGGGACCUCCUCGACCAGGCCCAGCGCUCUGCCUCCAACACGCUUCAUCUCAUCCAGGCCAGGAUGAUCCUCGGCGAUCUCUUUUACAAUAUAGAAGGUGUAACGUCCCGCUUCCGCUACCUCCAUAGCUGUGCGCGUGCGGCUGCCCACGAGAUGAGGUUGCAUCUGGUGGAUUUCCCAGGGAGCGGGCCAGGAGACAGCCCACUGCUGCGCGAGAUGAAGAGGAGAGUCUGGUGGUAUCUCGCCGCCACGGACUGGUACGUUUGCCCCCUUCUCUCUUCCUCUUGCAUUAUUUUGAGUUUUCCCUUUCUUCGUAUCAGUCGGGAGAUCCUCUUGAAACAUAUUAUGGUUAGCAAUAUCACUGAUUAA